AUGAUAGGAAAAUAUGGACGCGAUUCACGAAUGAUAUAUCUGAUUGACUUCGCCAUGGAAGACUGGGUUACCCCUACGAUGGAAUCAUCAGGGAUUGAAUCGCUGGUGCAUAUAUGCAAUGGCACCACUUGCCAUUUCCCUACUCCCAAUGUAGACUUGGGAACUACAGGAAUUCAAAAUACCUUAGGUAUGGCACGCUCAUUCGUCGCCAAGGACGAAAACGGCAAGCUUGCUUAUUCGAAAGCCACGAGGCCUACCCGUAUUUCCUCUUCAUGGACUGAAAUAAAAGGAAAAAUCAUAUGGCAGGGUCGGGUUGACGACUUGUGGUCAUGGCUUCAUAUGCUCAUCGAGCUUCACAUUGGGCUGCCGUGGAAUCGUAUAAAUGAUGAAAAAGCCAUACUCGCUCAAAAAGAAAAGAUCACACCAAAGGAGUUAUACGAACUUGUCCAGAUGAAUUUUAUAAGAUACGCGAGUUACUUAGAAACGUUGAAGUAUGAAGAUCGGCCAGACUAUCAUGGACUUUUUAGUGAGUGUAUGUCUGGACUGAAACGUGUACAAGGCUCAUUUCUCGACCGCUAUGAAUGGGAGGGACCACGUGAAGAAAUAAAUACUGCUUUGUCAAUUUCAGAAUCCGCUGCAUCUAGAAAACCUCUUACCAGAGCGAAGCUAGCACACAAAACGUAUCCUUUUGCUACGACAGCUGUUUUCAAAGAGAAUAUACUUACACUAUAA